AAAGAGAGAGAGAGAGGUGCAUCGAGGUGGCGUGAAAGGAGGAAAGAGAUCGGUGGAUCGACGAUUACAUUACUUCGUGGAUCCGAAACCCACUUAGAGAGCGAAUAGCUUGCGAAGGUGGUGGAAGCCCCUCUCCCCUCUUCCCUCUCCCCUCUCCGAUCCUAAAUCUAGGGUUUCAGAAUCUCCCCAAAUCCUCCCCCCAAAUUCGUCGAUCUCAUCUCGAUCCCUGACGUGGGAACAUAGAUUUGCGGAGAAUUUGCGCGAUUUGAUUCGAAGUUCUUGUGAAAUUCAGGUGGUGAAUCGAUCGAUUUGUAGAUUAGGUAUGUAUAUCGAGGAAUUAGGGCACGAUGGUGCUUCGGGAGGCGGAGAAGAAGAGGAAUCGCCUAGGGUUUCGAAGAUCGCGUUGCUGAGCGCGAAGAGGGCGGUGGUCGGGGUCGGGGCGCGGGUGCUCUUCUACCCGACGCUUGUAUAUAAUGUUCUUCGGAACAAGAUCCAAUCGGAGUUUCAUUGGUGGGAUCCCGUUGAUGAGUUCUUAUUGCUAGGUGCUGUUCCAUUCCCUAAUGAUGUACCUCUCUUGAAGCAACUUGGUGUUCAUGGUGUUAUUACAUUGAAUGAACCGUAUGAGACACUGGUGCCUUCAUCAUUGUACCUUGCUCAUGGGAUUGAACACUUGGUGAUACCAACAAGAGAUUACCUUUUUGCACCGUCACUUGGAGAUAUAUGCAAAGCUGUAGACUUCAUUCAUGAGAAUGCUUCUUGUGGGAAAACAACAUAUGUUCACUGCAAAGCUGGUCGAGGGCGCAGCACCACAAUCGUUCUGUGUUACUUGGUGCAAUAUAAGGAAAUGACACCUGCAUCAGCAUAUGAGUAUGUCAGAUUGAACAGGCCGAGAGUUCUUUUAGCUUCUGCACAGCGGCAGGCCGUCCAACAAUACUACCAUCUGAGAGUUAAGAAAGCGAGAAUACCUGCCUCCUUAAACUAUCCAGUUCUAAAAUCAUCAGUGCUACUGAGUGCUCGAAACUUUGUGGCCUUCGAUGAGAGCACAUUUGUGGUGGUAACAAAAUCUGAUCUGGAAGGUUAUAAUGAUGGUGAUUCAGGGAUGCACAAUGUGGGUAACAGCAUAUGGGCAGAGCUAAGUGUAGUAUAUAAAGUGCAAUUUGCAGGACAAGCAGCCAUCGCAAGGCUCUCAUACUUCUAUCUUCGCUGCCGUGCCUUAAGUGAGAAAUCGCUGCCUGAUAAAGUAAUGGGGAGCGAUAGCUGCUCUCUGGAGGCUGAGCAGCUCGGUGCUGGCCAUCCCCAUCUGCUGCAAGGGGUUGCGGUAAAUCUGUAAUCUUCCACUGGCUAAAUUGCAGAAAAACCUCCUGUAGAUAUCGCAGUUUUUUUGUUGCCCCCCCCCCCCUAGAAUUUCGGAACUUACACGUUGCCUCUUUAAACUACAAGAUUACAUCACUUCAUCCGUCACUUUACUCUUACGGCAUUAGAGUAAAUUGUAGGUUGCGAAUUUCGGAGGGUAAUGGGAAACUCGCGAUAUUCAUAUGGGGUUUUGUACAGUUAGUUUUUUUUCUUCUUUUUUGCCCUCCCUCGUUUUCUUCAAGUCGUGGGCUUUUAUGGUAUAUAGAAGGAUUCUGUUAUCAUGCUUUUGAGUGACAUGGUGGCAGAUAUCUCCUAUGAUAGUUCUGAGGCUUCAAAGCUAUCUUAGGACCUAUCACAUUAGCAGCGCAAAGAAGAGGACGCUGGAAGAAUGAAGUUACCAGAGUCUAAUAUGUAUAUAUCACAAUAAAUUUAAACGCGACGUGUAAAGAAAGGAUCAAUGGGUCGACUCUGUUUCUUACGGCAAGAAAUGUUAUAUCUGCUUAGCUUGUUUUCUCUCUC